GCCUCUAUCUCCAUCCCUUCGCGUGGGUCUGCAGACUCCAUUGCUGUUGCCGUAGCCACCCCCUGCAGCCGCCCACACAGCAGCCACCUCCUCAGGGCCAGCGAGAUGCAGUUUGAGAUGCAUGACAACGUGAAAGGCAAAGCCAUGUCUUAUCCGGUGACUAGUCAGCCUCAGUGUGCUAGCACGUGCUACCAGACACAGCUCAGCGACUGGCACACGGGCCUCACCGACUGCUGCAACGACAUGCCUGUCUGUCUCUGCGGCACUUUCGCUCCACUGUGCCUAGCCUGCCGCAUUUCUGACGACUUUGGGGAGUGCUGCUGUGCGCCGUACCUGCCUGGAGGCCUGCACUCUCUGCGCACCGGCAUGCGGGAGCGCUACCACAUUCAGGGUUCCGUCGGGCACGACUGGGCUGCCCUCACCUUUUGCCUGCCCUGCGCCCUCUGUCAGAUGGCACGGGAACUGAAGAUCCGAGAGUAAGGACAUCUCCACAUUCCCUGGUCACUCCUGGCCUCCCACCGCCCACCCCGCUCCUUGGAAAGCCUGUCCCAACUGUCCCUGUCCCACCGCUAAAAAAAAAAAAAAAAAAAAAAAAAAAA